CGAGGAAGAAAGGCAAAAACACGUCGCCGUUGAUACUAUUGGCCGACAGGGGGCGUUGUGGGUAAUGGCGCCCAUUCGAAGCUAGCAAGUGCGUGAUCCACUGUCGUGAUGCUGCUGUUGUAUUGAGUAUGUCUCUAAUAACAGAUGUGGGCCUCGGAUAAUUCAAAUACCAUCUCAUCAAACUCAGACGACCUUGCUGGCUUUCUGGAUGUUUUCCUAUUUAAUGACUUAGCAUCUACACAAUUGAGACUGUCUCAAAGAGUUUUGUUGUUUAGAUUCUAUAGAUAAUGGAGAACAGAUCAAAACCUACAAAUCAGGAUGAAACCAAAAGUGGGUUUUUGAGACCAUCCCCUGUCCGGUUAGGCAAAAAGCCAGCACUUGUAACAAAGAGAAGCUGUAAGUCAGCUUCUAUACAGCAAGAGAAUACAAACUCCAACCAGAUAGGUGCUGACAGCAAACAGGAUGGGCCUGCCUCCAAACCUGCCAGUACUGACUGGCGAAAGCGAGUUCGUGGCGAGUACAUGCGCCUUUGUCAAGUGAAGCGGUUUAAAAGAAAUGAUGAGGUUCGGUGUGCAUUUUCCUCCAAUCGUAAACUAAUCAAUGAUGAACUGGAAAAACAUAAUUGCUGGUGGAAGGAACAACCCAGCCAGCCUCUUCAUGCUCCAGAAACUUUUAGUCAAAUACCAGUUACAAGAAAAUGUGAAGUUGAAAGUGGUAUGAGCUUCCCUCAUCAGAUGGCACCAUUGAGAGUAAUGAAUGCUUUAAAACCAAUUCCGACCAUGUAUAGUUGGGCUCCACUCCAACAGAACUUCAUGGUGGAAGAUGAAACAAUACUUCACAAUAUUCCAUAUAUGGGUGACGAUAUUCUAGAUCAAGAUUGUGCUUUCAUUGAAGAACUAUUAAAAAACUAUGAUGGGAAAGUCCACGGUGAUAGAGACACAAAAUUUAUAAAUGAUGAUCUGUUUAUGGAGCUUGUUGAUGCUUUAUGGGCCAACUAUAAUGAUACUGACCCUGAGCAAAGAGAACUGUCUUCACCCUCUUCACAGAACACAAAUGAUGGCAUAAAAACAGAGUUAAAAGAAGAUGAGGUGGAUAAAUCCAGAAAGACUCCACCAGCUGACAUCAUUUUCCAAUCAAUUUCUGCUAUGUUUCCUGACAAAGGUACACAAGAAGAACUAAAAGAAAAGUAUAUCGAUCUCAUGGAAACUCAAGACCCCAAUAAUAUACCCCCUGAAUGUACUCCAAACAUUGAUGGCCCAAAUGCUCGCUCUGUACCUAGGGAACAAACCAUGCAUUCCUUCCAUACGCUCUUUUGUCGAAGAUGUUUCAAGUAUGAUUGUUUCCUACAUCCUUACCAUCCCACACCAAGCAUGCUUACCCGUAAAAUGCCAGAGAAAAAGCAAGAAGCAGAACCAUGUGGAGAAACUUGCUUCAUGCAUUUGACUGGCUAUAAAGAACAAACAAAUGGUGAACAGCAUGAUGGCAACAAAUGUGAUGGUAAAGCUGGCCUCGAGAGGUCAGAGCGUGCAAAGACCUCCCCUACACGCACUGUAGGCAGGAAACGCAAAAAUGGCCUUCCUGCUAGUACAAAUGGUGAAGACAGCGAGAAGAGUAAUGAUGCUGAUUCUGAAAUAAUGUUCCCAGUUCGCAAGAAGCCAACCAGUGAUGAAUGGAGCGGGGCAGAAGAGUCCCUGUUCCGAGUUCUCCAUGAUGUCUACCGCAAUAAUUACUGUGUAGUUGCUAAACUGAUAAGCUCCAAGAACUGUAUGCAGGUUUAUCAGUUUGCUAUUAAAGAAACUGCCCACAUUCCUGAUCUGAAAGAGGACCGUACUCAAACUCCACCCAGAAAAAAGAAAAAGAAAAACAGGUUAUGGUCUAUGCAUUGCAGAAAGAUUCAGUUGAAGAAAGACAGCGUGUCCAACCCGGUCUACAACUACCAGCCGUGUGACCAUCCUGGCCAGAGAUGUGACGAUACCUGUCCUUGCAUAGUGGCGCAGAAUUUUUGUGAGAAGUUUUGCCAAUGUAGCAGUGACUGUCAAAACAGGUUUCCUGGGUGCCGUUGUAAAGCUCAGUGUAACACCAAGCAGUGUCCGUGUUUCUUGGCUGUGCGUGAAUGUGAUCCGGAUCUCUGUCAAACAUGCGGAGCUGAUCAAUUUGACACUCAGAAAAUCUCUUGUAAAAACGUCAGUGUACAACGUGGCUUAAGAAAACACUUGCUAUUGGCCCCAAGUGAAGUUGCUGGAUGGGGAAUAUUCUUGAAAGUGUCAGCUGAGAAAAAUGAAUUUAUAUCUGAAUAUUGUGGUGAGAUAAUUUCUCAAGACGAAGCUGAUAGGCGAGGUAAAGUGUACGACAAGUACAUGUGUAGCUUUCUUUUUAACCUGAAUAACGAUUUUGUUGUUGAUGCAACUAGGAAAGGGAAUAAAAUACGUUUUGCCAACCACUCAAUCAACCCAAAUUGCUAUGCCAAAGUUAUGAUGGUAAAUGGCGACCAUCGAAUAGGUAUAUUUGCCAAACGUCCAAUCCAGGCAGGAGAAGAGUUAUUCUUUGACUACAGGUACGGCCCUACUGAACAACUGAAGUUUGUUGGAAUCGAGAGGGAUAACGAAGUUUCCUGACUGCACGUUCUCAACUAGAUUUGACAGUUGUGCGAUAUCACUGGUUUUCAUCAUAGCAUUCAAUGCACUUGCGUGUGUGUGUGUAGGUUGUGUGUUUGUAUAAGACGAUGUGUAUGUAUGUAUGUUGACAUGACAUACAUUGAUAAACUUAUCAAUGAACUUCAAGCAACAUUUAAGGGGUUCCUUGCAUUGUGGACCUCCUUUUCUUUUUUUUUUUUUUUUCCUUCCUUCCUUCGGUCCAUUCCUAGUCAGCCAUUCAGCUAGAUCAACGAGGUGGUGUAUGAGAGAGAAAUGCUCAUUGCUUCGGCUGACCAUUUUUAACUGCCAACCUAGCCUACUGCCAAUCCAGCCCUCCAGCUAACAAGGCUGCUCUCUUCAACAUCAACCAAGCAAUGAUCUCAACAGUAAAGGGAACUCACUCACCACAAUGUUCCAUGAACAUUGUAUUCUUUAUCCAACCAGUCCAUUAUCAUAUUGACAUUAAGUGUCACCACAUAUGUUGUUUUACUGCUUUGCUACCAUUCUAUAUCACAGCUAGGUAGUUCAGAACGCAGUGAGUAAAAGAGAAGAAUGGUUCAUUAUGAUAUUAUUUUUACAACCCUCAUCUGAAUGUAUACAGGCUGUUCAAAUCCACCUCAAUGUACUUUCGUUAUAUAAUCUUCACCGCAUUCAUUUCUCAAUUGAAAAUAUCAGAAAAAUUCAAUAAAUUUCUAAUAUAUGCGCACACAUGUGCUUACACACCUAUAUACUCUCUUUCUCUCCCUCACAGAAUUGUGUGGGUAUAUUAUACAGCUACAUGCAUCUGUUUCAUAUUAGUUAGUAUAGUACUUCUACUACCAUUACUAAACGGUGCAAAGAUUUAAAGAGGCUCUUUGUAGAAUCUUGGAACCUAAGGCCAUCAUUUCAUAUCCCAAUACAGGCAAUGCACUGUGUUCUUAGUAAAAACACUUAACUCUCGCCACCCAAUUAAAAACUCAUCAUUAUCCUUUACAUCAUUGUUAUAAUAACCAGCAUUGACCAGAGAUAGUUUACCAUUCUACAGCUCAGAUAUUCAAUACAUGCAACUUGAU